CAGUUUUGUGUAAUUAUGACUGAAAAAAGGACGUACUAUCAGUAAACAUGUCGCCUAUCCACUGCUAUAAAAGCAGAUAGCCUUGUCGGCACUAGCACUUACUGCAAUAACUGAAAAUGAAACCUCAGCUGGUGCUCCUCUGCUCUGUAUUGAGCUUUGUCUUCUUCUCAUUCACAUUCGCUCAAAGUGGGCCCCCUGGGCGCGUUGGUCCUCCAGGACCUCCUCCAGUUGGCAGACGUGGACCCCCAGGGAUAAAGGGGCAGAAAGGAAGGACUGGACAUCGAGGACCACCUGGAGUAAAAGGAGUGAGGGGUCCCCCAGGAUCCGCAGGAAACACUGGUAGGCCUGGUCCCAGGGGAGAGCAUGGUGACACUGGUGCAGUUGGUAGGCCCGGAAGUUCUGGACCACCCGGGGUGGUUGGACUACCAGGAUUAAAGGGAGAAUAUGGAGUCAUGGGUUCCCCUGGAAUGGUUGGGCCUCCUGGACCCCCUGGACCAAAGGGAGAACCGUGUGAAGAAUGUAAGCUUCGUAUACAGUGCAUGUCCUCAUCAUAACAAUUUUUUUUUGCAGUUGAGAAAGGUAAGUAGAGGUGUAACACUUAACAUUCUAAUAACACCGUUCACACAUAUAUGAACUCUCUGGUGCAGGAAAUACAGGAGAGCCAGGCUCGUCUGGUGAGACGUAUGUGCACUGGGGCAGGAGACAUUGUAGCGGUACCAGCAAUUCUCGUCUCUAUUCUGGAGUGGCCACUACUAACUCAGCUGGAAACCCACUCUGUGUUCCUCAACCUUGUGGAGAUGACCUGUGUGGAUCUUCUACCAUAAAGUCUCCGUUUGAUUUGACUGAUUGGGAAGUGGAAAAAGUGGCAGAAAUAGCGUACAUCAAGGAUGGACAGCCAUGGAAACUCGACUGCUCUCUAUGCUUCAUUAAAGAUGCAUCUACAUCUAUCACCAUCCCAGGCGCAAACAAAUGCCCUAAAGACUGGUGCCCACAAUACACAGGAGUGCUGUCACAAGUUUGGGAAUCGACUGGCCAAUUUAUUUGUGUAGACCCAAGCAAUUUCCCCAAACCCCCUGAGAGACCUCAACAUCACAAACUGGCAGCCGUAGAGAGGAAUUGUUUCCUCGGCUCUGAGUGUAAGGACCUGAAAGAAGAGGAGCUCAGAGUGCCUUGUAUAGUGUGCAGUUUCAGCACUACCAAACCUUGCUUAGAGGAGAUCUACUAGUGGGACAUCAUAUAGUAUCGGCAUAGCGAACCAUUCAAAUAACUUGCAAUUGAAAGUGCAUUUUAUCAUUAAUUUUUUGGCAAUGGCACUGAGUCAAUAUUACUAUUUCAAGUCUUAAUUGUUUGUGACAUAAAAAAAAAACUGAUGGUGAUAACUUC